UGGAUUUGGAAUUUCCAUUGCCUUGCAAGCAUUUUUGGAGUCUUCCCAUUGUUAUUUAUAUAGUAAAUAAAAUAAUACAAUAGAUGUUUCUAUCUAUUUAAACCGUGUUCACGUACUGAAUCUAUGAAUUUUCAGAAUGGAAUCGCAAUUCCCGGUACUGUGUGCUUUGAAACCUGGUUCCGAAAAAUUCCAAAGAAUCCCUAUAACAACCAACGUCUUCAAGCUGGGCCGCGGACAACACAACACAGUUGUUAUACCCUACAAAUGCCUUUCCAAAGACCAUUGCUUAUUCAAGAAAGUAGAAGGCAAUUGGCUGUUAGAAAAUUGUAGCUAUUCCAAUAUAAAAGUUAAUGAUAAUAAGCUUCGUAAAGGCAAAACACACAAACUUUCCGAUCAGGAUGUCAUUAAGUUGGAAUCGUCAAACGAAUUGGUUUACAAAUUCAUGUCAAAUACAGAUACAAGAAGCCCAAUGCGCAAAAGACGUAAACUUGAUGAAAAUGUACAAAGUGAUAAUAAUGUAAAGAAAACUGAGUCAACAAGAAGUAUGCGAAGUGAUAUAAAUAAGAAUCUAAAUGAUACACAGAUAAAAUUGAAAGAGCAGAUAUUAUCGGAGCAGAAUAAGAGAGACAAAGAGAUAUAUGAUGACUAUGCUGUUCGUAUUGAGAAACUGAAGGGUUCUAAAAAGAAUGUGAAGAACCAGAAGGCUUUGCUUAAAAUGCGGAGAAACGCACAGCUGGAACUCAAUAAAGUGAAAAUGGAGGAACGGAUAGCUUCUGUGAUGGCACAACAAACAAAUGAAAACAAGCAUUUCAAAGACAAACCACGCAAACAGAAUGGGCAAGGGGACCAAAGAACCAGUGACCAAUCAGAAGCCAGGCGAGAGGACAGGGCGCGGAUGAAAGAGAAGAGAGAGCUGAAGAAACUGCGCAGGGAAACUAGGCGGCUCAAGCUUGAUAAAGAAAAAAAGCUAAGGGAAUUAGAAAAGCUAAAACUACGCAGAGAGAAGGAAUUGCAACAUGAACUGGACAAGGUGAACAAAAAGCUGGCGAAAGAGAGGGAGUUACACGAGAAAGAAAGAAGACGAGCAGAGCAGUUACUCAAUCAGAAAAAGAAGGAGCUUAAAAAGGUCUCCCCAAGCACCAGUUCUGACUCGAAGUUGGAUGUGGAAUCCGAGCUGCAGUGCAGCAUAUGUUCCGAACUGUUCGUCCGCGCCACCACACUAGGCUGCUCACAUAGUUUCUGCCGUUACUGCAUCCGAAAGUGGACCGCUAAUAAGAAGGAGUGCCCUAUUUGCAGAGCGGCCAUUACUUCGGAGUGCAGGAGUAUUGUGCUAGACUCGCUGGUCGACAAAAUGGCGGAAUCCGCGGACGCCAAGAAAAAACGUCAGGAGCUGGUCAAAGCCAGGGAUGAUUUGGAGGCUAAGGAACCCACAGCGGCGUCCAUCCGCGAAACCCAAAACUACCUCUUUGACCCGAACUUUAUCCGUGAUUUCUUGCAAAAUGUGAACUCUAACUCCGAAUCGAGUUACCACGGCCGAGAAUCUUCACUCGAGCCCGAUUUCGACAUGCUCGUACCCAUGGACUCGGACUCGGAGCCUUCCGGUUUUGAUGAUUCUGAUGUGUUCUCCGGUCGCGACGAGAAUGGAGAAUCAGAGUAUGAUGAGCCCGAGAAUUAUGACGAGAAUUCGGAACACGGAAAUGAAGAGAACUAUGAAGGAUACUCAGGGGAAAGUGAUCGUGAAAAUGAGGAGAUAUACGAUGAAGCGCCGGAAAUCGAGGAAGAAGAGCACGAGGGCAACUCGGAGAACGACGGCCUCGAUGACGAGAAUUAUGAUGAAGGCGAGAAUUCUCCGACAGAGAACGAAGAUCAUGACGAGAAUGAUCCGGAAUACAAUGAAGGUGAAGAGUCAGCGUCGGAGAAUUAUGAUGAAGGCGAGAAUUCAGGGCCGGAGAAUUAUGAUGAGGGAGAGGAUUCAUCACCAGAGAAUUAUGAUGAAGGCGAGAAUUCAGCACCAGAGAAUUAUGAUGAAGGAGAGAUUUCAGCACCAGAGAAUUAUGAUGAAGGUGACAAUACAGAACCAGAGAAUUACGAUGAAGGUGAGAACUCAGGUCCAGAAAAUUACGAUGAAGGUGAUAAUUCAGCUCCGGAGAAUGAAGGAGAUUAUUCAGCGCCCGAGUACGAUGGAGACUCGUAUGCGGAUGAUGGCGGUGACGAUGAUGAUGAUGAUUAUUAUUAAUAAAGAUAUCAGACAAUGUCACGGGGGUUUCGAAUGCCGAAUUUCUUCAAAACCAUUCUUGUGAUGAUGUGAACACUCGUGUGAUGUUUCUGUGAAACUAGCUUUUAGCUCGUUUUAUAAACCCACACGUAUUUUAAAUGCCUUUCUUUAUGUAUCAGUCACAUUAAAGCUAUGAUUAAUAUGUCGUAUUAA